CUGUCGCUGCCGUCCAUGACACCGUACGGUACCCACGUAUCGCUCUCACCGCUAAGGAUGGGGAAAUUACUGGUUUUGUCUGUUCUGGUCACAAUAAUCGGUAUAGCAACAUGGUGUGCACUACCAAUGUUGUUGCCGGUAUCCCCUCCAAAGUUAGACGCCAACGAGUGGUGGGGACCUAUGGACACGAAGGGAAAAGUAGAUGCCAGCAUCAAACCUUUUCAAGUUAAAUUUACUGAUGAGAUGAUAAAAGACCUCAGGAAUCGCUUACAAAACAAACGUCAAUUCGUUCCACCGCUGGAAGGUGUCGGAUUCGAAUACGGUUUCAAUUCCAAGGAAAUCGAACCCUGGGUUAAAUACUGGUUGGAAGAAUAUAAAUUUGCAGAUAGGGAGAAGUUCUUCAAUAAAUUCCCACAAUAUAAGACCAACAUACAAGGUCUUAAUAUACACUUCAUAAGAGUUAAGCCGCAAGUUCCACCAGGUGUCACGGUGGUUCCUGUACUUAUUAUGCACGGCUGGCCGGGUUCCGUGCGAGAAUUCUACGAGGCCAUACCUCUUUUAACAAAGCCAAUUUCGGAAAACGAUUUCGUCUUUGAAGUAAUUGUUCCAAGCUUGCCUGGUUAUGGGUUUUCCGAUGCUGCUGUUCGUCCAGGUCUCGGUUCUGCACAAAUCGGGGUGAUUUUCAAGAACCUGAUGAACAGACUCGGACACAAAAAGUUUUACGUCCAGGGAGGCGACUGGGGCGCAGUCAUCGCCAGCGAGAUGGCAACAAUGUUUCAGAAUGACAUAUUAGGAAUGCACUCAAACAUGCUAAUUGUACAGAGCGGCUGUUCAACUUUAAAAACCAUAAUUGGUGCUUUCUUCCCAUCACUUAUUGUUGAAUCACAUCUGGCCGAUAGAAUGUAUCCUUUAUGGAAAUACUUCUCGUAUUUAAUGGAGGAAUCUGGAUACAUGCACUUACAAGCCACAAAACCUGACACUGUGGGAGUGGCGCUAUCGGAUUCUCCUGCUGGUCUUCUAUCGUAUAUCUUGGAGAAAUUCUCAUCUUGGACUCACUUCGAACACCGUAAAUUAACCAGUGGAGGAUUGACGUUCCGUUUCAGCAAGGAUCAGCUCAUUGACAACCUCAUGGUCUACUGGGCAAGCAACUCCAUAACCACCUCGAUGAGACUUUACGCUGAAAACGUGAGCAACAAGAAUCGAGCCCUGGGUAUAGACAGAAUUUCUUCAUCAGUACCAACCUGGGCUCUACAAACCAAAAAUGAGCUGGUCUACCAACCACCUAACAUCCUCCGGCAUAAAUACUCCAACCUUCUAGGAGUUACAGUUCUGGAUGAGGGCGGACACUUCAUCGCAUUCGAAAUGCCGAAAGUUUUCGCUGACGAUGUCUACAAAGCGGUUAAGCGGUUCAGAGAGUUUCAUAAAACUAAGACUGAAUUGUAAUAUAUACCUAUAACAUAGUUUUUUAAUAUGAUGAAUAAAAUGGCGGUAGGAUAUUGUGAAAAAAUGUAUAUUGUAAGUGUUUUGUAAUUUUGAUCGUGCAUAAUACUUUUUGUUAUAUUGAAUAAAAAUGUUAUUAAUUAUU